CAGGGAUAGCGGUGCUCGGGGCCGGGAGCAACAUGGCGGCGUCCGUGAGGGGCGAGCUUUGAAAGGAUGGUGUUUGGUGUCGCUGCCUUGCGGGGUGUUGACAGGCUGGAGCUUUCAAAACGCGACCUCCCGAUUUUAGGAAGCGUGUACCGAUAGGUGGACAAGUUUAGUGAUCGGCCGUCCGCUCUUAUCCCCAGUUAGGAGCUGAGACCCGAGCACGGACCAGUAUGAGCAACAUUUACAUCCAGGAGCCUCCCACGAACGGGAAGGUUUUAUUGAAAACUACAGCUGGAGAGAUUGAUAUAGAGUUGUGGCCAAAAGAAACUCCUAAAGCUUGCAGAAAUUUCAUUCAGCUUUGUUUGGAAGGAUAUUAUGACAACACCAUAUUUCAUAGGGUGGUACCUGGUUUUAUAGUCCAAGGGGGAGAUCCUACUGGCACAGGGACUGGUGGAGAGUCUGUCUAUGGAGCCCCGUUCAAGGAUGAAUUCCACUCACGGUUACGUUUUAAUCGGAGAGGACUGGUUGCCAUGGCAAAUGCUGGCCCUCAUGAUAACGGCAGCCAGUUUUUCUUUACACUGGGUCGAGCAGAUGAACUUAACAAUAAGCACACCAUCUUUGGAAAGGUUACGGGGGAUACAAUAUAUAACAUGCUGCGACUGACAGAAGUAGACAUUGAUGACGAAGACAGACCACAUAAUCCACACAAAAUAAAAAGCUGUGAGGUUUUGUUUAAUCCUUUUGAUGACAUCACUCCAAGAGAAACAAAAAGGCCAAAAAGAGACAAACCAGACGAAGAAGUAAAGAGAUUGAGACCCAAAGGCACAAAGAAUUUUAGUUUACUUUCAUUUGGAGAGGAAGCCGAGGAAGAAGAGGAGGAAGUAAAUCGAGUUAGUCAGAGCAUGAAGGGAAAAAGCAAGAGUAGUCAUGACUUGCUUAAGGAUGAUCCACAUCUCAGCUCUGUCCCAGCUGUUGAAAGUGAAAAGGGGGAUGCAGCAGGAGAUUUAAAUGAUGAUGCAGACUGUGAAGGUGCGGAGCAUGAGGAAUAUGCUGAUGGUGAUGAGAAGAACCUGAUGAGAGAGAGAAUUGCAAAGAAGUUGAAAAAGGACACAAGUGCAAAUGUUAAGUCAGCUGGAGAGGGUGAAGUGGGGAAGAAAUCAGUUAGCCGCAGUGAAGAGCUCAGAAAAGAAGCGAGACAGCUAAAGCGGGCACUCUUAGCAGCGAAACAAAAAAAAGUGGAAAAUGCAGCAAAACAAGCAGAAAAAAGAAGCGAAGAGGAGGUGGCCGCUCCAGAUGGUGCUGUUGCAGAAUACAGAAGAGAAAAGCAAAAGUACGCAGCUUUGAAGAAGCAGCAGGCAAAGAAGGGAACUUCCCGGGAAGACCAGACACUUGCACUGCUGAACCAGUUUAAAUCUAAACUCACUCAAGCAAUUGCUGAAACUCCUGAAAAUGACAUUUCUGAAACAGAGGUAGAAGAUGAUGAAGGAUGGAUGUCACAUGUACUUCAGUUUGAGGAUAAAACGAGAAAAGUGAAAGACGCAAGCAUGCAAGACUCAGACACGUUUGAAAUCUACGAUCCUCGGAAUCCAGUGAAUAAAAGAAGACGGGAAGAAAGCAAAAAGCUGAUGAGAGAGAAAAAAGAAAGACGAUAAAAUGGAGUAAUGAUAACCAGAACUCGCUGGAAACACGCCUGCAAUAAAUGGCCUCCGAGCAGCCGUUGUUCCCGACAGCAUCGCUUACGGGUGUGAAGAGGGGUAUUUUUGAACCUGUUGUCUGGUUUUGAAAAACAGUUAUCUUGUUACGUAAACUGUGACAUAAGUAAGCAAAUGCUUUUUGUUACUGGUACCUUUUCCCCCCAAUUGACCUUUUACAUUGCUAAAUCGCAAAUAAAAUCACUUUCCUUCCAGUUUACAUGUUAACCAUUUGCAGACGUGCAAACCUAUCUGUGUCUUUUUACCCUUAAAUGUGUGACGGCUUCAUUUUCAGGAUUUUUUUGUAAGAAGUUCUUACAGAAAGAAUGUUUGAAAGAAACCUUCUUGCCAUUCUGUUACCACAGUACUAACUUUGAAAUAUAAUUUCAGAAUUAUAUAAUAUAAAGAUUGAUGUUCUCUUUUGCAUAUAAAUAUCUAAAAAUAGCCCCAUCAGUAAGACUCAAUAGUCUCAUGAGUUAAAUCUUAAGGAACCCCUAAGUGAAUAUUCACACCUGAAUCUAGGCCCAUGCCUGGGUUUUACUGUUGCAGUCAAGACACUCAACACACCACAAGUAAGGUCAGCCCAGCUUAUUGCUCACCCUGGCCUGACACCAAGCCACCUGCCCAUUCCCCUCCCCCUCUCAGCACAGCAACAGCAGGAGAGCAUGCAGGGGUCCCAGUCUGGCAAGAGAACUCACUAAGAAUGUAACGUUAGCCUUUUAUGUCAAUCAGUCAUGCUGGUUAUUUACUGUAUAUUAUCUAUACUGAAUGCCAAAAUUAUACCACAGGCUAACUUCAGUUACCUAAUUCCCACCAGCCACGUUUUUUCAGAUAAUGCCUCAUCGGCUCUCUCUUUUGAAAUGGAAUCCAACAGGCAUUCUCUAGAGCACUUGCUCUCAAAUCGUAGUCCCAGAUACUAUACUACAGCAGUGGCGGCAGCACUGAAGGACAUGUUAGAAAUGCAAAUUUUUUCCACACUACCCACCACCACCACCCCAAUCCAGAUUACUGGAUCUGAAACUUGGAUCAGAGAGGGCUUGUUAAACAGGCUGCUGGCUUCACUGCUGGUGAUUCAAUCUUUGGAGACUGGCAAUAUCUGGUGAAGUCAAAGAUGUUCAUAUCCAGUGAUCCAAAAUUUCUAAUCCUAGGUCUGUCCCCUAAAGAAAUUCUCACACACUGCUCAAGGAGACCUGUACUAAAUAUCCAUUAAAGCAUCAACCAAAAAAUGGAUAAAUAAGUUACUGUAUAUCCAUACUAUGGAAUACACUGUAGUGGUGAAGAUCAGUAAACCAGAGCUGUGGGCAUUAGCUUUAAAAAUAAUAUGAAAAAAGGAAACCACCUCUAUAAGAAUUCUAAACACUCAGCUCAGCAUUAUAUAUUGUUUGUGGAUGAACACAUAUAGUAAAAGUAUAAAAAUGCCUAUAAAAAUAGUGGCUACCUCUGAGGAGGCAGAAGGAAUACACAGGGCGCUUCACUUGUGUUUGUAAUAUUUUAUGUCUUAAUACAGAUGUUGGGUAAUCAAUCUUUAUAUUGUUCUCUAUACACUGUGGUAUAACUGAAAUAUUUCAUAAUUUGUUAUUUAUCAUCAUAGCUAGAAUCUGAUGUGAGAAGACAGAAGGUCUCUCAAUACUAACACCUUUCUUUUUGGCUUCAGAAGUAGGAGACAGUUUCAGAGAGGAGGAGAGGGAUAUGAUAAAGGUGUCCUGGGGAACAGACGCAAAACCACCAAAAAAUAAGCCAGUGUUUGGAAAUGUGCUCUGUCUUUCCCUCACCACAAUAAUAUCAAUUGUAUUUCAGAUGGUCACAAAGCAAAAUGUUUUCUAAACUCACAAAGUCUCUGUUGGUUUCAAGACAAACACUGAAUCUGUUUGUGCUGAAGUACCCCAUAGGUUUCUCUACCAUUCCUCCUAGAAUGUGUCCCCUUAACCAGUGUGGUCUCAUCCCAAGGACAGAGAGAGCCCCAGGCCUCUGGGACACAACUAGAAGAGUAAUGUUUGUAAGUUUAGAAAGAUAACUGAACAACAAAAUUAAAACCUCAGGUUGGCUGAAUGUUCCUUUUCCUGCUUUAAUUGCAAGGAGCCGAAAGAUCUGAAAUUCUAGCAAGAUUAGAAUCUUACUAGAAGAAUUCCACCAUGAUAAUAAAACCCACUUUGAAUUUAACUGAAUUAUAGCAAUAAUAAUUUUUCAAAAGCUUAAGAAUAUGGUUUAAUUAUCUGUUAUAUAUGGUAUUAAAUGUGCUUAUAGUCAAGUCUUUGGAAAUUUCACAAGAGCAUGUUUGUGCCACGUGAAAUGCAAAAGAAAGUUCAAAGACAAAAAAAUGAAAACAGAUAAGAAAAUUACCCUUUAUAGUUCACUCUAAUUUUAUAUUUAUAUUGAGCUUAUGUUCCUCUAUGUGCUAACCCUAGGGAUGUUAUCCUGAGACAGCGAAGUCUGUCAGCCUUCCUGUUCACUGUCUACGGCUGUGCCGGGCAUUCUGGAGAGCAGAGAGAAAAACAACUCCUGGCAGUUCUUUUUUCUCAUUUUCUGACAAGCUAUUUUUUCACUUUGGUUGAAACUUUUGGCAAGGUGAAAGUUAAAACUAACUCUAGACCUCUCCUUUCUCAAUAGGUAAUUGAAGGAAAUACAGAUCUCUUGAGAAUUUUUGAGUGGUAUAAUAUCAAAGCACACGUUAUCCCAGGCCCGCAGCUCCGAGGCCACACAGCCAUAGUGCAUCUGCUGCAUCUAAAAAUGGGGACACCCUAGAACAAGGUCAUUAAAACGUGUGAGGAGAUGAGUGGUUCACUGCUGUUGUUUUUAGAACAAGUUCAAUAAGCUAUGGUGUCCUUAUCAAACUGUCACUACCAAGUUUCUUGAUAGGAUCUGACGUGUGAGGUACAUAAACCUGUUCUGUGGUAUCACUGGGGCCUGAAUGGAAAAGGUUAGAUAAAUGCAAAUAUUGCCCCAACAUGCUGUUUAAUCUUAGUGAUAACAAGAAAGAAAAUGAAUGUGUGAAGUGAGUUACCAUUGAGGGUUCUAUCAGUAUAAGCAAUUUGUAUGUACGGGGUGUAGAGAAGUUAAGAGGGGUUACAUUCUUUAACGCCGUCAUUCACAAAAAAAAAAAAAAAGUCUGGUUUCUCCAUGACUUUAACUCCAUUCCAGUGACUCUACAGUUUAUCAGGUGGUACCACUUCUAAUUACUAGAAACCAGGAUGUUUUCCUGUCCCAUAUAUGUUAUCUCCUUUCUCCUGUUAGAUUUUAAUGCAGAGAACUGAAACAGGAGCCAUACUUUAGAGAAAUUCUUUCUAAUAGGGGGGUUUGAUGAAAUUUGAGUUCCUAGAGAAACAAUACAACACCAAAUCUUACUAAGAUGGAUGUUAGAAGUCCCUUGCUGGUAGAAAGAACACUCAUUUAUUCCCCAAAAUCUUCCUUGACAAAGCCAUGCAUGAAAAUCUUUGUCACAGGUGCUAAGGGUUUUGCUCAUCCCUGUGCGGAGUUGUUUUCAGUGGUGCGCUGAUAAACUGGCUUCCUAAAAAAAACAGAAAGGAAAGCCCUGACUUGUAGGAUUUCUGUGGUAUAAAUACUCUCACCAUAACUGAUUUCAAGCCACCAAAAGUAGGUCCAGGAUACAACUGGUCGUUUUCCCCAUUCUGUUUCAUUGUUGCUAAAAGCUUCCAUAGUAACUCUUGCACUGGCACUAUAAGAACUCACAAAGGGUUUUAACCUUUUUUCAAGGCCACAAUCUUCAAGAGUAUUUGUUUUAUGUGAUUACUUUACAUGAUUGGGUGAAGCUGUAGCAACAUUUAAGUUGUAGCAUCGUCUGCACCCUAUGCUUUUUAUCACUAGUUUGUAUCUUUAGAUUCUCUGUUGAUGGAGUUUUCCAAAGUCACUUGGCUCACAUUUCUUCCUUUUGCUUUUGCCUCAAUUUAGUCCAAAUCUCACAGGAAAAAAAAAAAAA